AGGUGUUUCAAUUAUUCAACGUAUGCGCUUUGCAACUUGAACGGGGGCCCGAAGUUCACGUAUCAACAUAGGACUUGCCCAGCGCAAAAUCGUGGGUUCAACAGCUCAAUUGUGCAUUAGCUGUAAAACUAUGGCUCUGGUGCUCCGUGGAGCGCCUCAGGCUGUGGGCCUGAACUCACGACCUGCACCAAGCAUUUGUGCCAUGCCGGCGGCUCGUUCUCUCGACUCAUCGGAGUGCUCCACAUCCUACUCGGCGCAGCAUUAUCGCCGUACGUCACGCGGCGAGCGCAUGCGGACAUGCGCUGCUGCCAACGACGACGACUUCAAACCGGCGGGGGCCGCCCGCCGAGGGAGGGGCAAGGCUCGGGCUCCCCCUCCCCCGCCUCCGCCCCCUCCGCAGCAGGGGGCCGAGGACGAGGAGGAGUAUGAAGAGUCAUUGGGCGCCUCGCUGGAGGACCCCGCACAGGGCCAGCUGCAGCGGUUGCUGUCUCGCUCGGGGCCGGGCGAGUCCGUGGCAGCGGAUGUGGGCCCCGCCAUCAAGCGGCCGCCCACCCACCCUCUGGACAUGUACGAGACGCUGUACGGCGACCAGGACAGCGAUUGGCGCGACCUGCCGCUGGGGCUGCUGCCGCGCAGUGCGGACGAGGAGCGCAAGCUCAUGGCCAAGCUCCAAGUGGAGGCGUACUUCAUGCGUCAGUGGAACCACGAGGACGUGGACGACCUGGCUUUCUUUGAGGCGGAGAAGAUGAGGGGCAAGGCCAACAACAUCUACGCCAAUGUGCGGCGCGUGGCGUCCAUGAUGAACGUGAUCGAGGCCGAGGACUUCGCCAUGGCCGAGCGGCAGUCGUACUUCACGCCCUGGGCUCGCGCCGAGAUCGCGUUCGCGUCUGAGUACGACGACUUCAACGCCGCCGUCAAGGCCAACAUCGACAGCCUGGUCCGCCAGCCGCUGGAGGAGGAGCUGCGUGAGCGGCUUGAGGCCAUUGGCGAGGCCACGCUGCUGCCGCCCACGGAGGCGGAGCAGCAGGCGCCCAAGUUCCCCUCGGACGCGGACGUGUCGGCCUACAUGAUGGAGAACUUUCUGGAGGGCGUGCUGCCGGGAGUCAGCCUCACCAACCCCAACCAGAGGUACGCGGACGAUAUCUACGGCGGCGACGAGGAGGGCGCUGACGAGCUGCUCAACAUGGUGGAGGAGCAGGAGGGAGACGGGGAGGCGGAGCCUGCGGACGAGUAGUAUGGGGCAGGGGGCACAGCUUCCGGUUUAAGAUCAGUAAUGAGGGUGUGGGCCACCCGCUUCCCAUAACAACAAGCUUCCGCACACUAAGGUAUAGGAUCGCAGGGUAUUGGGUAGUCUCCCUGCUACAGAGGGGACGCUGGAACAUGCACUGAUGCAAGUGUGAGAUGGUGUGAGGUGAUGGCUGCCGUGGCGGAACUGCUUGCUGGUGCGUGUACGUUGCUUCUCGACCGCAAAGCGCAUGAUGGGUGGGUGUUGAAUCUCUUGCGCCGUUGCAUUCCUAGAACAAGUAAGAGCAGAGGGUGAUGAGAAGCAAGGUCCCGUUGUGAUGGCUGUAAUCCCAGCCCACAAGUCCAACAAGGCUAUGAUAGUCAGGGCAAGAGUCGCAACGUAGGUUCGCGGUUACUUCAGCGCUUGCUGGCUCAAAGAGUUUUGCUGACGCUCGUUUAAUCUCUCGCGCUUAAGGGGUCAGUGCGAGGCCACAUCGCUGUUGCAACCCAUGAGGAAGGCUUCCACAGACCAGUGAGCCCACAAGGGCCCACAGUGAGGUUCGUCAGGUUCGUGUGGUUCCGGCCUAUCGCCGUGUUCCCACUUCCCAAGCCGAACCGUAGUGUCUCAAACCGGUUGGGUCCCUGUUUGGUAACUUGCAACAACUUGGUUGUACGAGGGACCUCAGGGGCGUCCCAGACAAUUCCGGGCCUUGGAUGGGGUCAGCGGGCAGUAGUGUGGCGGCUGCGGAAUGUGUGGCCUUGAAUUGUGCCGUUUUUGCUUCGCUGGUGGCUUGGCCGAGCGCACCCGAACACAUAAACCGACACCGGCUUUGUUGGCAGAAGACCACCC